AUUACAUUCUUGUAGAACGAGGAAUCAGAAUACUUAUACCGUGCACGUGCCUUUGCACGUUAAUAAAUCUCUUCUAAACUUGCUAUAUCCUCCUCCAAACCUUACUCACUAAAUCUAACUCCUUAACAAAUUAAUCAUGGCUGUUAAACCUCGGAUUAUAUGGUUGGAUUUAUAGCAUUAAAACCUCCGGCGAUGACUGCGCCCCCUUCCCCGCCCUCACGCUGACCCGCCCUCGCCAGAGCCGGCUUGAUCCGUUCCCGAUCCACUGAAAGAUCGCCGAUCCGGACUCUCUUUAGUCUCUUCUUCUCUGGGGCCUGAUGUGCUGACCGGAGGUGAGCCGAUCCGUUGCUGGGGAGCUCUCCCAUAGAGCUAAGGAGAAAAAUAGCAGAUAAAAUGAUGCUGUCGAUGUCCUGAUGAAGCUGCUAGUUUGCAAACUAUCAUCAACGUAAGGUUCUGUGAGGAUGCAGGGAAAGAUGUAUGGAGCUGCAGCUCCUCAGCUCUCUGAUUCAAAUCGGAGGAUCAUUGAAACCAAUGGUCCAUCAAAGCGGGUGUAUCAAGCCUGGAAAGGAAGCAAUAGAUUCUUUCUUGGAGGAAGGCUUAUUUUUGGGCCAGAUGCAAGGUCACUGAUAUUAACUGUACUUCUAAUAGUAAUUCCAGUAAUCCUGUUUGGGGCAUUUGUUUCACCAAAACUGGUUAAUGAGUUCCAACACCAACUUGGGGAUCUGAUCAUUGCUAUUGUCAUUAUCUUCACUGUGCAUACUCUCUUUCUUCUUCUUCUCACUUCUGGUAGGGAUCCUGGAAUUAUUCCUCGUAAUGCACAUCCUCCAGAACCAGAGGAUGUUGGUGAAGCUUCCAAUUCAUCUGUAGAUUGGCCAGGGAGUCAGCAUGGUGCCCCAAGUUUGCCUCCUACCAAGGAUGUCCUUGUCAAUGGCAUCAUAGUCAAGGUUAAAUACUGCCACACAUGCAUGCUAUAUCGGCCACCAAGAUGUUCUCAUUGCUCUAUCUGUAACAAUUGUGUGGAGCGUUUUGACCAUCAUUGUCCUUGGGUUGGGCAGUGCAUUGGGAAGAGGAAUUACCGCUUCUUUUUUAUGUUUGUGUCCUCCGCAACCUUCCUAUGUCUGUAUGUUUUUGGUUUUUGCUGGGUUAACCUCAAGAAGAUUAUGGAAGCAUAUGAAUGCAAUCUAUGGAAAGCCCUUCUGAAAUCACCUGUCUCUGGCAUUCUCAUCUUAUAUACAUUUAUAGUGGUCUGGUUUGUAGGAGGGUUAACAGCCUUCCACCUCUACCUAAUUUGCACCAAUCAGACAACUUAUGAAAAUUUCCGGUACCGCUAUGAUAAGAAGAAUAAUCCUUAUAAUCAUGGUUGGGUUCAAAAUAUUAAGGAAAUCUUCUUCUCAAAAAUCCCUAGCUCCAAGAAUGACUUCCGAGCUAAGAUCAAGGAGGACUCAAUUGCCUUCACCUCUUCACGCUCCAUGGGACGUCCCUUAAGCCCAGAUAUGCCUAAGACAAGCUUGGACCUAGAAAUGGGUGGGAAACGGCAGAAUGUGGCAGCAGAGGAAUUGGAAGAUUUACAGAACCAGAUUGGAAGUAUAUCAGGGUUAGAGAGAUGUGGCACUGAACCUCCACAUUCCAGUCGGGACGGCUACAAGGGGGAAAUAACACCUGAUUUAGAGGCAUUGGCGGCUGAGUUUGGCAUGCAGCAUGGAUUUACUGAGAGAGAAAAAGUUCAGGGCAGUCUUUGAAAUGGUGGUUCCGGAAGGUUUAACUUGAUCCUUUCCAUUGAGCUAACUGGAAAGUGGUUUUAUAGCGGUCAGGAACUGUAGUGAUGAACUUGAAUGGAUCCAGGAUCAGGGAGAUUGCCUCUGACUGCUUUCACUCUUGAGGAUUGGGUGUCUUGACAUCUUUUUUUCUUUUUCUCUUUCCUUUUUGAUAUCCCAGGUUGCGUUGCUUUGUACAUCUUUUUCUUGUAAAAUUGAAGAUGUAGAUUUUUGAUAGGGUUGGUGUUGUAAUUGCAAUUUUUUUAUUUGUCUUGGUUUGUGUACUUGAUUAAUUUGUCCUGUAACUAAAUCUCAAUGAUGCAACUGAUAGUGGUGUGGAUAAAAUGUCUGACCCAUCAGAUCUUUUGAUACUAUAGUUAAAUUUUGGUAUGAGGUCAUUUCUUUUCCUCCUU